AUGGCUUUGUCUGCCGAGUUUCAAAGAUCGUAUCUGGACAAGGACAGAUAUCCGCGGAACUAUAUGCUGAAUAACAUUAAAACCUAUCCCAGUGCUUUGAAAGAAUGCAGUGAUAGGUUAGACUCGGUGGCCGGAGAUCUUUUCCAAGCCAAUUUGGAGAACGUCGAAGUUUCAUUCCGAGAUCUGAAACCAAAUAACGGGACAAGUACAAAGAAUACCAAAAACAAGUUCAUUCAUAGCCAUGAGGCGCUUACGGAAUACCUGGGAAUCAGACCAAGGCCGUCUAUCAGUAAUCAAUCAAAUCAAAUUGUUGCGGAAAUCAAAGACCCUAAAUGCCGCUUCAUUUAUAUUUUCGGGGAACAUACUCUGGCUCGGCUCAGAAUCACCCGUGGUAUGCUGGCUGAAAUAUUGACAUUUCACCAAGUGAUGCCCGACUACCUGGAUUUCAUGUUCACAUUUGGUCUACAGAGCGAACCUCGGGAUCAUAGAUUUAGCAGCUUCCGUGAACAGAGGUCUUUUAGGACCAGCAAAACAUCACUGGCCAUUGAGCCCCUUGCGCGGUCUGGUCGACAGUACCAGCUGUGCUAUAACCUCAAAGGAGUGACUCUAAAAAGUCAACACCCUGAGGACUCAUCUCUAGACGAUUAUUCUAUUCGGCCCGCAGCUUUUUACCAUCGUUUCGAUGUGGAGAAUGGGAAUGCCUUGUGGAUUGUCACUAAGGGAGGAACUGAUAUCGAGGGUCGAUUCAAGGAACUCACAGGUCGUGACGCGCGUCCCGAAGACAAAUCGUUCAAUAAUCUGGACGAAUGUUUACGAUCAAGCUUAGCUGCUCACCUUCUGUUUUGCCACUGGUCCAUGGAAGGGUGGCGUGGCUAUAUUAAGUGGCUUGAAUUGAUCGUGGAUAAUGAAACUAAAAUUGCAGUGGUUGGCAGCAGUGAGCCAGGCCGUCAACACCGGAUAUACACUGCUGGAGACAUACAGAAGCUGCUCAUGUACGAGGAGAUGAUUAGCGAAGUGAUCACAUCAUUAGAAUCCAACGUCGAAGUCAUGACGUCCCUGAGAGACUUCUACGAAAGACUCGAAGCGAACCAGAGUGUCAAUUUCGGAAAUUGCUCAUUCGAUAUUGACGAUUUUACAAGCGAGUUGGGGCAUCUGAUCAACGACUACAAGCUUCACAUAUCCAGGGCGAAGGCUCUGGUAAAAGUCAUCAGCAAUCGAUCAGAGCUAGUAAAGCAGCAGCGGAUGGAACGGCUUAACAAAAAUCUGGAAAAUGAGGCAAUAGUGAUGCGAAUAGUCACAAUUGUCACACUGCUCUAUCUGCCCGCUACAUUCGUUUCGACCUUAUUCAGCACGGACAUUAUCAAGUAUCAAGUCCAAGAUGAAAUACAGGCUGGGGGCACGUAUUCCGAAGUCGCAAUGUACCGGUGGCUGCAGGUGACAUUGCCUCUGAUGUUUAUCACAAUGAGCGCCGCCUACGGAGGCAAAGUUUGGGCAGAGCGUCGAGCGAAUCGAUCAUCGGACAAGCCGACAACAAAGCAAACGGAAGAAAAAGGGCGCCUGCAAGAACGAGUUACCAGAAAGUACGGGCAAAGUAAGAACGCCUUGCACCAAUGGGCUCGACACGCCAAGGAUAGCGGCGCAAAAAUGCUCAAAUCUUCAGCAGAUUCACUGGCGGAUUGUAUCCCGAAAGUUCAGUCCUCAGAAUCCAACAUGACCCUGCCUAUGACCAAUAUUCCGAACCAUAGACCGUCUGGUGGUGGAUAA